GCCGCGAACCCGGCCAGGCCAAUAAAGGCGGCGGCGAGCGGCCGCCCGGGACUCGGCCUUCUGGUCGCGCGCGACCUCCCUUUCCGAGUUCUCUGUGCUCCCCGCUGGUGUCCCGCCGGACCCGCGCCCACCAUGCUGGCGCUGCGCUGCGGUUCCCGCCGGCUCGGCCUGCUCUCCGUGCCGCGCCCUGUGCCGCUGCGCCUCCCCGCGGCCCGCGCCUGCAGCAAGGGCGCCGGCGACCCGUCCUCUUCCUCCUCCCCCGGGAACCCGCUCGUGUACCUAGACGUGGGCGCAGACGGGCAGCCGCUCGGCCGCGUGGUGUUGGAGCUGAAGGCAGAUGUCGUCCCAAAGACAGCUGAGAACUUCAGAGCCUUGUGCACUGGUGAGAAGGGCUUCGGCUACAAAGGCUCCACCUUCCACAGGGUGAUCCCCUCCUUCAUGUGCCAGGCAGGAGACUUCACCAACCACAAUGGCACAGGCGGGAAGUCCAUCUACGGAAGCCGCUUUCCUGACGAGAACUUCACACUGAAGCACGUGGGGCCGGGUGUCCUGUCCAUGGCUAACGCUGGUCCUAACACCAAUGGCUCCCAGUUCUUCAUCUGCACCAUAAAGACAGACUGGUUGGAUGGCAAGCAUGUUGUAUUCGGUCAUGUCAAAGAGGGCAUGGACGUUGUGAAGAAGAUAGAAUCUUUCGGCUCUAAGAGUGGGAAGACAUCCAAGAAGAUUGUCAUCACAGACUGUGGCCAGCUGAGCUAACCUGUGGCCAGGGUCCUGGUACGGUGGCAGCUGCAAAUGUCCAUGCUCCCAGGAAGCUGCCUCAGGCUCUCAGCCAUGGUGCCCGAAACGCUGCCUGUGCUCACUGCACCAUCGCCGUGUGACUGAGGAAGGCUGCUCAGCGGUGUCGGACCUCAGCCGGGACCCACCACCCUGCUUCCUAGUGCCCAACCUUUCUCACCACCUCAUUUCUGGGCAUCCUUGUUUACGUGAUGCCACCCACCCCUUGUCAAGCAUUGCCUGUGAUUGCCCAGCCCAGAUCACCUGUGCCUUGGACACGGUGGUGGUGAUGGGUUAGCAUCCAAGUGAAGGUCUUUUCCUUGACCAAGGGGGACAGUCAGUUUUGCCAAAGGGCUCUCAUACCUGUCUAAUGUUGUCUUCCUAAUUGGGAUAAUUUAAUUAACAAGACUGACUUGAAGUGAAGCUGCAACACUAACUUCCCCAGUGCUGUGGUGCGACCUGAGUUGGUGGCACAGGCCACAGACCCCAGAGCUUAGCUUUUGAAACACAACUCAGGGCUUUUGUGAAGGUUCCUCCAGCUGAGAUCUUUCCUCCUGGUUACUGUGAAGCCCAUUGGUUUGCUGCUGUCAUUUUUGAGGGGGGCCCAUGGUGGUAGGAGCAGUUGAACCUGGGAACAAACCUCACUUGAGCUGUGCCUAGACAAUGUGAAUUACUGUGUUGCUAACAGAAGCGAUCUGCAAGCUCCUGUGCUCUGGGAGGAAGCAUUUCCUGGUAGGCUUUGACUUUUCUGCUGUGUUAAAAAAAUUCAGUCUUCUGAUGAUGUACACAAAACAUUUCUAGAACAUGUAUUUGUGUUCACCUUAAAUGUGAAAAUAAAUCCUAUUUUCUAUGAAA